AUGCCUUUGUGGCCAUUGAAAACCCAACUGAUGUCUGUGUCGUAUCAUACAGACUCUCCUCUAUGCCAUGGGCGCUUUGCCAUCCCUUGCAACAACAAGAGGGCUCACUCAGUGGGUCUGAUUAGGGGGAUGCUAGCCCCGGAAAACUUCUGUGCAUGUGUAUGUAGCACCAUUUCCUGUGAAUACUCAUGGGAGGUUAUGCCUGGUCUCAACUUCUACAGAGAUCCUGAAGAGAUUGAAAAGGAAGAACAGGCCACUGCUGGAAAGGCUGUGACCAAAGAGAAAUUUCAGGGUAAAUGGACUACUCCAGCCUCUGAGUUCACUGCUACUCAACCCGAAGUCACAGACUGGUCUGAAGGCAUGCACGCAUCCCCUUUGCCUAUUCAGCAGUUCCCUACUGAAAACUGGAGAGCUCAGCGGGCCACAGAAGACAGGCCUGCAGUUCUUGCUGCUCAGGCCACUGAAUGGGUAGGAACAACCACUGAGAGGUCUUAA